UAUAACUGCAUUUUGUAUAUUUCUCAACUUAUAGCAUUGUUAGACAUAUAUUAAAAUUACUAGAUCAUCACCAUGGCAGACCUAGACCUCCAAGAAAUCCACGACUACCUAAUCUCCCUCGCCCGCGAAGCAGGCGAGAUGAUAACCUCCGCGCAUCCCACAACCUCUGCAUCCGGCACCAAGAAGAACUCCGCCGACCUCGUCACCGAAACCGACCGCGCCGUCGAAACCCUCGUCUCCACCUCCCUGCGCACCCGCUACCCGCACAUCCUCUUCAUGGGCGAGGAGACCUACGCGCCCGGCGACCUCCUCACCGCCGCGCCCACCUUCAUCGUCGACCCCAUCGACGGCACCACCAACUUCGUCCACCGCCUCCCCUACGCCUGCAUCUCCCUCGGCCUCGCCGUCAACCUCGUCCCCGCCGUCGGCGUCGUCUACAACCCCUUCACGCAGACGCUGUACAGCGCCAUCACCGGCCGCGGCGCGUUCCUGAAUCGCACGACGCCACUGCCCCUCGCGUCGCCCACGCCGCUGGGCGCGCUGAGCAAUUGCCUCGUGGCUGUGGAAUGGGGCAGCGACCGCAGCGGCAACGACUACGACGUCAAGGUCGCGACGUUUGCGAAGCUCGCGGGGAGCAAGGAGAUUGGCGGCGCCAUGGUGCAUAGUUUGCGCUCGCUGGGGUCUGCGGCGCUGAAUAUGUGCGCUGUGGCGAGCGGCGCGCUUGACGUGUACUGGGAGACAGGGUGCUGGGCGUGGGACGUGUGUGCUGGGUGGGUGAUUUUGAAGGAGGCUGGGGGGUUAGUAGCGGAUGGGAAUCCGGGAGGGUGGAAGCCGAGGGUGGAUGGGAGGCGCUAUUUGUCUGUGAGAGGCGGGGAGGGGCAGAAGGAGCUUGUGGAAGAGUUUUGGGGAGUCAUUCAGGGGAAAUGUGAGGUUGGGCUUGAGACGUCGUGAUAUAUAGAGUGUAGAUAGCAAUGCUGGGA